AUGCUAGAUUUGCCAAAAAAUGGUAGAAUCACAGGAAAAGGGAAACGGCUAUUGCCGGCUUUGCUAGCUCAUUUAGAGAUGUUAAACUCGACUGUCGAUGUUAUUGUAAGUUGGGCUUCUCUCCGGUUGGUGCAUGGCCACCAUGGAAAUAGUACCAGGGAAAUAACACAACCCCAUGAUCAUCCACAAGAAUUUUCUGGUGAAGGGAGGAAAUGGAACAAAAAUUUUAUUAAUAUUCCACAAGAAGAAGGAGAUUUUGGCGGUGCCGCUAUUAUUGACGAAGCAAAUUUAAAAAACCAUCAUCAUAUGCCCUUUAAUGGACUGUCCCAAAUCGACCAUAUGAAAGCUUCAAAAAGAGGUUUUUUCACCCUGGACGAUUUACAUGUUGGCAAAACAAUGCCUAUAGACUUUCCCAGCAUCAAUAUUUCUACUUUACCUCGCUUCUUGCCGAGACAAGAGGCCGAUCUCAUCCCUUUCUCUUCAAACAAAUUGCCAUAUCUUCUUCAACUCUUCUCCUUCUCAGAAGGGUCUCCCGAAGCCAAUCUAACCGAGAAGACGCUCAAGAUCUGUGAACUUAAACACACCAAGGGAGAGACAAAGUUGUGUGCUACCUCUUUUGAAUCCAUGCUUGAUUCCGUACGUGCCAUUUUAGGAAAGGAAAACCAUUACAAAGUUGAAACCAUCGAGCAUAUCAGAAAUCCGGUAGUACAGAACUAUACUUUCCUUGAAGUAUCCGAAGAGUUGUCUAAGUCCAAAAAGCUGGUGGCAUGCCAUAUCCUGCCUUACCCUUAUGCAGUGUUUUAUUGCCAUAGCCAAGAAGCUGCCAGGCUUUUCAAGGUUAGUGUAGGUGGUGAGAAUGGAGACAGAGUCGAGGGUGUUGCUGUUUGCCACAUGGACACAUCUGAUUGGUCACCAUCCAACCAAAUGCUUCUACUCCUCGGAGUUAAGAGGGGAACUCCGAUUUGCCAUUUGAUUUCCCCAACUAGUUUGAUUUGGGUUUCAUACUAGCUAUAUAUA